AUUACGUUCAUGUCAUUGAGCAACUUCCGCUCGCGGUGCAGUCUGGGUCUCGGCUACACAACUAACAGGCUGGCGUAACUUGGGGGGCUAGCUGCACGUUUGAAAUGGAUGUGUUCUUAAUGAUUCGGCGUCACAAGACCACAAUCUUCACAGAUGCCAAAGAGUCUACCACUGUCUAUGAGUUAAAACGAAUUGUUGAAGGAAUUUUGAAAAGAGCACCUGACGACCAGCGGCUCUACAAAGAUGAUCAGUUGCUGGAGGACAACAAAACUUUGGGGGAUUGUGGAUUUACUAAUCAGACCGCCAGACCUCAAGCGCCAGCUACAGUGGGUCUAGCUUUCCGUUCAAAUGAUGACAUGUUCGAGCAGCUGCACAUCGAGGCCUUCUCUAGUCCCCCGGAACUGCCCGACGUGAUGAAGCCCCAGGACUCUGGUAGCACUGCCAAUGAGCAAGCAGUGCAGUGAUAGCGGGACGGAGACUCCGGCGUCAGAGGGGACGGACAGGAGUUGGUCUGUGGAUCAACUGCAGAGAAGAAGUAGCGGGGUGGUUUGAAAUGUAAUAUAACUUAAUUUGAAAGAUGGAGGGGUAUAUCUAUGUUGCAUUCAUGCUGUCACAUCAAUCCACCCCUCCCUUAUUCACAAUAGUUUUCCCCUUAAACUCUGGGUUUCCCAUCACUUCCAGUCAUGCUCCAUGAAAUAGCUGUUAAGCACCAUCAGGCUCAAAGCCCUGACUGAAGAAGUUGUUUGAGUGACUUUGUUCAUUUAUUAUAAUUAUUAACAUUAAAGAUUUUGGAAAAGGUGGAGUUGUCACGGUGCUUUCGAAGCAAUGCGCAUGGGUGAAAGUUCAGUGUUUGAGUUGGCAAGCUGCAUGAACAACUUCCAAACAAAGGCUUUAUUUUCUCAUAAACAGACCUGCCAUUGAUUCCUUUACGGACAGUUUAUUUUUUAAUGUACAUUUAUAAUUGGAUUCCAUACAAAGACAGAACUUCUUAAGCCCCUCUUGGUUGUUUCUCCUCUUCCAUUUUUAUUUUCUGUCUUUUGUUUUGUGUGUGUUUUGUGCACUGAGAUGAAUGGCAGGUACUUCACGGACAGCAAAACGAAGUCUGUGCAGCAAACACGUUUCAUAAUCUGUCAUUUUGUAAAUAUCUGCAUAACUGUCCACCCCCCCCCCCACCCCCACACACAAAUGGCUUGUAACUGUAAGCUUACUGAAUAAAAGUGUUUUUUUUUUUUUUUUCUCACUUGAUUUGAGAUGUAGAUCUAAUUCUGUGCAUGUCAUAAGAUUUAUGUUAGAAAAAGAAAAAUACUUUCCCCUCCAAAGCAGACACGGGUGGAGAUAUUUUUUUAAUUUGUCACAUUUUUUGCUGUUCUUUGUCAGAAACAUAAAUCACAAAAUUGCAUUUAUUUCUUAGGACGAAGUCUACUUUAUUGUCUGUUUUUCAAUAGACUUAAUAAAGAAGGAAAUGAA